UGAAGACAGUGUAUGUCGGUGACUCGGCCUGAAAGAGGUAUCUCGACCGUAGAAGAGAAGAUGGAAAAAAAUUGGCGGUGGAGGUCAGAUUGAUGCGUGUUUUUUCUAUGAUUUCCUUAGAUUUUAUGGAUUUGGCGGAUUCUAACUUCUCUCGCCUUUAUCUAUGUUUAUAUUUUUUAAUUUCUGGGGCUUUCAUGAGGCGAAAGGAGUUGUUGAUAUUUUUGAUGCACUGCUCGCUUCGGUGGUGAUGGCCAAGGUACCAAUGGAAAGAUACUACUCAAGACAGGUCCAAUCUACUCCUAAUGUUCAAACUGAAGGUGUUGAAGCUAGUGGGAGUAGACAAGCUCAAACCUUUCCUCCGUCGUCGACAGUGGGAGCUCCUCAAAUACAAGAACCAAAUCUUUCAGGUUCAGUCAAUCGAACUCCAGAAGAAAGUGAGUCUUUCUCAGCAGAGUCUGAUAGAGAGUUUGAUGAAAACUCUUUGGUGCUAGAUCCGGCAUUAAGAACUAAGAUAUCUAGUUUUCAUCCCAAUGUCCGUGACCAGGUUAGAAGAUUUUAUCUUCAAAAAGGUCCUAUUCAACCAAAGAGUCAUUCUUUUCCCGCCAGAAACUUCAGUGGAAGGUAGCUUAGAUUCCAGGCCUCUUGGUUUAAGAAGUAUAAUUGGCUUGAAUAUAGUGUCUCAAAAGAUGCUGCUUAUUGUCUAUAUUGCUAUGUGUUCAGUAAGCGAGGUGGGAGUAAUGAUGGCUUUAUUGGUUAAAUUGAAAGCUUUUGAUGAUCAUGUUGGGGAGCAUAACAGCUACCACAAUAGAGCUAAAAACAGUUCAGAUCUUUUAUUGAAGCAAGCAAGAGGAAUUGAAGCUGCAUUAUUUAGACGAUCAGAUCAAGCCAAAAGAG